AUCAAGAGUUGCGUUUCCUUAAUAAUUGUCGAAUCUCUUUUUCUUUUCACAUUUCAUCAAUCACCACUUUAUUAUUGAUGGGAACCGCUCUUUUCUUUUCUUUUCUUCAGUUUUCAGUUCCUUCAUUUACUAGUGCUCCAAUGGUUGAAUACUAGGUACUCCCAACACCUGUUUCAACUGAAAUCAAAGUGACGAAGAUGAGCAAUGCGAAGAAGGAGAAGUGUCCAAAACCAAGUUUAAUUGACUUGGUGUUUUCUUGGUCUCUUGGGGAUGUACUCAAUCAAAAUCUUUGCAAACAUCAGGUGAAGAGGAUUCCAGAAACGUUCAUGUCAACACCAUAUUACUUGAAGUCAUUCAUACCUCCACUUAUAUUGGAAACUCAUACUGAGUUGUUCUCAAGCAUGACAACAAUCUCUCAGGCACCAGUACGUGAGUUUUCGUCCAUAGAAACUUCCAAAGGUUUUAAGGAUCCCGGAAAUUUGGUUUACAACGUUUUAUUUAAGCAAAUGGGCAAUGCUGCUAAUAAUCAUGGACGGGAAUAUGAGCCUGGUGUAGGAGAUCUUAUUGCUCUGACCAAUGUCAUGCCUAAACGCAUUGAAGAUCUGAACAAGCCCAAUAGAUCCUAUCUUAUUGCUUAUGUUCUGUGGUGGGAUGAAAGGUCUGAUGUUUUUAUAAUAUUGACAACAAAGCCAAUAUUUGAUCAAAGUGAUGUGCAAACGAACAAGCAAGAAACUCUUUUUGCUGUUUAUCUAAUUAACAUGAUCACAAGCGUUCGCAUAUGGAAUGCACUGCACCAAGAUCCAGAAGGGAUGAACAAGGAAGUUAUAGAGAGAGUUCUUCAACCUGAUUCGCUUGGUGGGGAAGAUUGUGCUAUUUGUUUCUCUAAGGUGAAAAACAGUUGUAUUCUAUCAGAGAUUCAGGACAUAACAGAUAAAUCAAAUGUGAAUGAUUCACAAGAAGAAGCAAUCUUAAGUAGCAUGAGUUUGAGCGUAUGUCGUCAUCUGAAUAAUGUUAAAUUGAUUUGGGGACCUCCAGGGACUGGGAAGACGAAGACUAUUGGCUGCUUGUUAUCUGCACUUUAUAGACUGAAAUGCAGGACACUAGCAUGUGCUCCCACUAACACUGCAAUACUGCAAGUGGCAGCUCGGCUCCUGAGUCAAGUCACUGGAUCCAUUGGACAUGGAAUUUUUUAUGGACUUGGAGACAUAAUUUUGUUUGGGAAUCCGAAGCGUAUGAAGAUUGAAGAGCAUGAUGACCUGCUUGACAUUUUUCUUGACUAUCGUGCUUAUGUACUUCUUAAAUGUUUUGCCCCACUAACUGGUUGGACGCACAGCUUAGUGUCUAUGAUACAUUUACUCGAAGACCCUGAAGACCAGUACACCCGGUACUUGCAAGGCAUGGAAGAGAACCCUGAUGAGGAAGUUGACAGUGAUGAGGAUGUGAUAAGUAGGGUGACUAAGAAAAAUGAGGUUGAGAGGAAUCGCAAUUCUAUUAAGAAGGCUAUUUUUCAGGCAGUGAAAGAAAACAAGGAAAAACAGAAAAGGAAGGGUAAGGGGAAGGGGAAGGGGAAGGGGAAGGGGAAUGGGAAUGGGAAGGGGAAUGUGAUGGCUAUGAAAGACGAUCAUAAGAAGCAUGAUGAAGAGGCCAAAAUCCCUGUUGUUCCCCUUACGUUUGCGGAGUUUAUGAAGAAAAAUUUUAAUGCACUAUCUGGGAGGCUAAAGUUCUGUAUUGAAAACUUCUGCACCCAUUUACCAACUUCUGUAAUAUCUUUAGAAGUGGUAAGUAACAUGGUAACUGCUCUUGGCUCAAUUGAAUCUCUAGAAUCUUUGUUGCUUAAUGUUAAUGCUAGUCAUGAAUGCUUGAAGAAACUCUCGAACGAAGGAAGUACGGCCAGUAGCCUUUCAAAGAUAAGCUAUGAAAAACAAAAUCUGGUUGAUAUUCUCAAAUCACUCCCUCCAUUGUUCCCUGUACCGAUUUUUAUAGAGGAAUCUGAUGUAAAAAUAUUCAUUUUGGAAAAUGCACGCCUUUUCUUCUGCACCGCAUCAAGUUCUGCUAAGUUGCACACUUGUCAAGGAAAGGAUAAGGUGGAACUGUUGGUGAUUGAUGAAGCAGCCCAACUCAGAGAAUGUGAAUCGGUCAUUCCUUUAACUCUUCCAGAUAUUCGCCAUGCUAUUCUUAUUGGCGAUCAGUGUCAACUUCCUGCAAUGGUUCAAAGCAAGGUUUGUGAUGAGGCUAAUUUUGGGAGGAGCUUGUUUGAGAGGCUAGUCUUACUUGGAUACAAGAAACAUCUUCUUAAUGUCCAAUAUAGGAUGCACCCAUCAAUCAGCUUAUUUCCAAAGAAAGAAUUCUACAAUGGGCAAAUCCUGGAUGGGGCAAAUGUGAAAGAUGGAUGCUAUCAGAAACAUUUUCUUAAAGGUGAAAUGUACAGUUCCUAUUCCUUCAUCAAUAUCGCUCAAGGACAAGAAAGUAACUGGCGUAGCAAAAAAAAUAUGGUCGAGGUUGCCGUGAUCUCUAACAUCUUGGGAAGCCUUUUUAAAGAAUGUAUUAGCAAGAAAAACAAGGUUAGCAUUGGAGUUAUAUCACCUUAUAAAGCUCAAGUUCAAGCCAUUCUAGAGAAAAUAGGAAAGACUUACAGCGGGAAGUGCGAUUUCACAGUCAAUGUUCGUUCUGUCGAUGGAUUUCAAGGUGGUGAGGAGGAUAUCAUAAUUAUCUCCACUGUAAGAUCCAAUGGGAAAGGCUCAGUUGGAUUUCUUUCCAAUCUCAACAGGGUAAAUGUGGCGCUAACUCGUGCAAGGUAUUGCCUUUGGAUACUGGGAAAUGAUGCAACCCUUACAAAUAGCAACUCCAUUUGGAAGAAAGUGGUAAUGGACGCCAAGGAACGAGGGUGCUUCUAUAAUGCGAACGAGGACAAGAGCUUGGCUCAUGCCAUUACAACAUCCCUUAUUCAGCUUGGCCAACAGGAUGCUUUACUGAAGAUGGAUUCUCUAGUCUUUCGAGAUGCAAGAUGGAAGCUUUGCUUUAGAGACGAUUUUCGGGAAUCCUUUGCAAGAAUUAAGAACUCUAAGGUUCGUGAGGAAGUGUUUUCUAUGCUCAAUAAGCUCUCAAAUGGUUGGCGUCGAUCUUAUCCGACAAGGACUGCCUUUGUGCUAGAAGGGACUAGCUCUCAGCUGUUAGAGCAGUACAAGGUCAUUUCGGAUAUUUUUCUCAUCUGGAGCGUAGACAUUGUCAAGGAAAAUUCAAGCUAUGUUCAGGUCCUGAUGGUGUGGGAUGUUUUGCCGUCAUCUUCUAUACCAAAACUUGUGAAGCGUAUGGAUACCAUAUUCGGAAAUUUUACUGUGGACAAGAUGAAUCGCUGCAAAUCCAGAUGUUUAGAUGGAAAGCUUGUUGUUCCCAUGAAAUUUGAAGUGGAUGAGGGCUGUAGUGAUGUUGAUGCUCUUUCAAAGCCAUUUUCUUCACUCAGUCUCAUGGAUAAACCGAAAUCAUCUUCAUCAUUUUCCCGGUGGCAGAGUAAGCAGAGUUGAACCCUUUUGGGCCCUUUACGGUUCCUUCUGGCUUGGAUCAAAGAUUGGAAUCUCUUUAUUAUUACUGCUUUGUAUAUUGUAGCAUGUGUGAAUUAAUGUGAUAUUUUGCCAUAACAUUUGCAGCAGCCUGACUAUAUUAUUAUGUUACGUAUAACAAUCUCAUGUUAGUAGUUUGAGAAGAGAUUGGAUCAAUUAAACUGUUCAAA